UUAAAGAUUUGAAAGCUUGCCUGGACACACUUGAAUGGGCAAGAGUUUCUAAGGGGGUUCAAGCUAUCAAGUCAACAUACAGCGAUGCAUAAGAAAGUGUGUGUAGUGGUGUGUGUGAUGAGUGUGUGUGCUGCUCUUAUCUGCCCUGAUGGAAAUAUGUGUGAAGAAGGAAACACCUGCUGUCAGAAGCCAUCGGGAGGGUAUGGGUGCUGUCCACUCCCUAAUGCAGAGUGCUGUUCAGAUCAUCUUCAUUGCUGUUAUGAGGGAACAUGGUGUGACCUAGUACAUUUCAAGUGUGUAAAUAAGACACACACUCUAGACUGGGUGAAGAGAGUUCCUGCCCAGCAGUCCAGCCUUCCUCGGGCAGUGGUGUGUCCGGACCAAGAGUCGGAGUGUCCAGAUGACACCACCUGCUGCCAGAUGCCUUCUGGGAACUGGGGCUGCUGUCCUAUGCCUAAUGCGGUGUGUUGUGAGGAUAAAAGGCACUGCUGUCCGCAAAGCACAACCUGUGACCUCGCACACUCUAGGUGUGUGUCACCAACACUGGGCUCCACCCCUCUGUGGAGAAAAUUACCCGCCCGCCCCAGGGCUCGAGAGAAGACGAGAGCAGUGCAAUGUGCAGAUAAAUUUUCCAAAUGCCCUGAUGAUACUACCUGCUGCCCACUAGGCAACGGUAGCUAUGGCUGUUGCCCCUUGCCAAAGGCUGUGUGUUGUUCUGAUCAUAUGCACUGUUGUCCAGAGGGCAUGUCCUGUGACCUCAUCCAUAGCACCUGUAAUUCAGCCAAUGAGACAAAACCAUGGGCUACCAAGAUCCAGCCUGUCUUCCAUCCAAAGACGACAGUCAGAUCAGUGCCCUGUAAUAAGUCAGUAGUAUGUGAGAGUGGUUCCACCUGCUGUAAAAGAGAAGAUGGUGACUGGGCUUGCUGUCCACUACCGGAGGCGGUGUGUUGUGAGGACCACAUCCAUUGCUGUCCUCAUAACACAGUGUGUGACCUUUCGGAGGGCAUGUGUGAUGAUUCUGCAGACCCUUUGACCUCUGUUGACUGGGUGGAGAAAGUGCCUGCCUUCCUAAUUGUCCCACAACCUCUCAAUCAAAAAUGCGACUCAUCUACGUCAUGUCCUGAUGGAGCGACCUGCUGUAAAAUGGUGUCUGCAGCCUGGGGUUGCUGCCCUCUUCCACAGGCAGUAUGCUGUGAGGACCACCUCCACUGCUGCCCAAACAACACUGUGUGUAAUGUGGCUGCGAGCACGUGCGACAGCAUCACAGAUGAGGGUCCCCACCUGGCAAUUCCUUGGGUGACCAAGAUGCCUGCUCCAUCCCUGCUAGCCCAGACCGACCAGUGUGAUGACACGUACCUCUGCCCGGGGGGCACUACAUGCUGCAGGCAAAAAUCAGGGGCCUGGGCCUGCUGUCCCCUGCCCCAGGCUGUUUGCUGUGACGAUCUGCAGCAUUGCUGCCCUCAGGGCUACACGUGUGACAUCGCUCAGGAAUCCUGCGAGCACCCUUCCCUCCCCAGCAUGCCCUGGGUCAACAAGCGCCCAGCGCUAAGCAUGACUCAGCACUCUGAUGCUAUCGCUAAUGCUAGCUCCAGUGAAGCAGCAAGUGUCGUGCAGCACGAGCACUGGUGUGACAAGCAUACGAGCUGCCCCAGAGACAACACCUGCUGCUACAUGACUAAGUUCAGCAAGUGGGGCUGUUGCCCUCUGCCCCAGGCUGUGUGCUGUGGAGAUGGUGAUCACUGUUGUCCCAGAGGUUACACCUGUGACGAGAAGAAGCCCACAUGCAUUAUAGGUCACCUGGAGAUUCCGUGGUUCAGCAAAAAGGAGGCCAAAAAGACUCAGGGGUCAGAAAUCGCAUUCAGCGACGUGAAGUGUGACCCAAAGACCAGCUGCGCAGAAGGUUCCACCUGUUGCAGGUUAUCCACAGGGCAGUGGGGCUGCUGCCCUCUGCUAAAGGCCGUGUGUUGUGAGGAUCACAAACACUGCUGUCCACAGGGAUACACCUGUGACCUGCAGACCGGCACGUGCGUCAAACCAUCUGACCCGCGCGCCGUCACACACUUGCUCAUGCAUGCAGAUGGGCCUGAGGGGGUGGUGUGUGAUGUGACGAGCCGGUGCUCCAAGACUGAGACCUGCUGUCAAAUAUCAGACACUGAGUGGGCCUGCUGUCCAUUCAAGCAGGCGGUGUGUUGUAAAGACAUGAAGCACUGCUGCCCUAUGGGAUAUGCCUGUGACACAAAAACUAAAGGUUGCACUAGAGUGCCUUCACUCACCUGGUGGGACAAUUCACUUUAAGUGCCCCCUGCCCUCUACACUACUCGUCCACACUGCUCUAUAAUUCACAAUGUAAAGGGACUAGAAACAUCAUCCUCCUGGUUUGAGCUUUGUUUGUUUGUUUACUUUUUACACUUUUUAACAGGAACUGGUUUUUAAAGAACUAUUUGGAUAAAUCCUCUCUGUAUAGAAAGAAACUGACAUUGAAGCACAGUAACACAUUUCCAAUUUGCCCACAGAAUUAGAGCCUGUGCCGGCUUCAUACUCUCCAUUCUACUUAUUUCUGGAAGCUGAAAUGCUGCAUUUAGGAAUUUCUGUUGUUCUAGAUCAGCAGCUACAUAUGGCUGAAUUCUGUCUCUACUGUUAAUGAUACCAUCUGAUGCCAGCUCACAGAAAAAAUUUUAAUACCAUGCUGCUGUGACCGAUUAGUGCAGAGGCUACUUAGUUUCCUUUGUACUUGUAUAUAAAAUUCCUUGUAUUCAAGUGUGAUGCCUGCAGAUGGCAGACCACACAUCUUAAUGACACAUCUAAUUGGCAGAGAAUUGGCCAAACUGAAGUCUGAAGGCAGCUGUGAGAUGAUGUUCAAUGGAAUAGAUAAACGCAUGUGAGUGGGAGAUGCUAGUGCAUAGACAGCAGUGAAUGUGUGAACCCAAACCUGACACUGAGGCAUGUUGAGCUGGUUUAAAUGUCUUGCUGUCCCAAAAGUAUGCUGUAAGCAAAUUACAGGAGUUUCCAAACAUGCUAACAUUGCUAACUGAGACUUAAAAAAUGUGUACUAUUCUUUUUUUUUUUUUUAAUUUGUUUUUUUUUUAUAUUUACUUAUUUUACAAUUCCUGUUUUUUUGUUUGUUUGUUUGUUUUUGUUUUUUAAAAAAAGGUCUAACACUGCUAUGACUUUGAAGGAGUCUGUAAAUUCCAACAUGUCUGAACUUCUUUGAUCUGGUUCGGUGAUGGGGUUUAUAUUUCUGUGUAUAAUUUGAAUGAAAUGAAGGAAUUUCUUAAGUAGGAUUUCUAUGCUUUAGUUACUUAAAGCAUUUCCAGUCAGAUCACUGGAGUGAUGAACCUAGUGCCUCUUGCACAUUAGAGAUGUUGGCAUUUGGGGGCUGUUCUUGCAGAAGUGCUACAUCACAUAGCCUGUCCUUUCUUAAUCAAUAUCUUAACUUGAGGAUCCUUCACAUAUUAAAGAACAUAAACCGAUGAAAGACUUUAAUUAUGGCAUAGCUUUAAUGAUAAUGUCCUCAGCACACAUUAUGGUUUGGGUUUUGUUGUUGUUGUUGUUGUUGUUGUUGUUUUUUUCCCCUCUCUUUGCUUGAAAGCAUGCUAUCUACCAUUAUGGUAGUGGUCUAUGUUUUCAACAGGCCUUGAUCAGUUGUGUCUUGAAAGUUUAAGCUGUAAGGAGUAAACAUGAUCCAAGUUUAAAGUUGUUUAUGGUUUAGAGACAUUCUCUUUUGAGUUGAUUUGAUUAGUAGUUUAGGUUAUAUUUUAUUUGUUAAGAUUGUUUUUAUUUUUUCUUCCUUGUUUAUGAGUAGAUUAAUUGCACCAGCAAAGGUGAAAAUAAAUACUUUGAAAUCAUUUA